CUCCGCACUCGCAGCCCGUCCAGCUCCCGAAGCGCCUGUCCGACCGGCCGCGGGGCCCGACGCCUGUGGCUGCGCGUCGCCGUGCCGCUGACCAGUCAGAAUUGCGGCAGGCCCUGGACUGGACUGGCAUCUGACCAUGGAGAAUGAAUCUGUGAUCUGAGGCAGCAACCUCAGGCCAUGGGGGACGUGAAACUGUUUGCCUCGUCACACAUGCCCAAAACCUCCCACAGCAUGGAUCCCUCAAAGGUCAGCUCCAUGCCUCUCACCGAGGCCCCUGCUUUCAUUCUGCCCCCUCGGAACCUCUGCAUCAAAGAAGGAGCCACUGCCAAGUUCGAAGGGAGGGUCCGAGGCUACCCAGAGCCCCAGGUGACAUGGCACAGAAACGGGCAAACCAUCAGCAAUGGCGGCCGCUUCCUGCUGGACUGUGGAGUGCGGGGGACUUUCAGCCUUGUCAUUCACCCUGUCUGUGAGGAGGACAAGGGCAAGUACACCUGUGAAGCUAGUAAUGGCAGUGGUGCCCGCCAGGUGACCGUGGAGCUGACUGUGGAAGGGAAUUUUAUGAAGAAGUGUGGUCAGCCUGUUCUUUCUAAAGCCUCAGGAUUUCCAGGGGAGACUCGUCCGAGCAUCUGGGGCGAGUGCCCACCAAAGUUUGCCACCAAGCUGGGCAAAGCUGUGGUCAAAGAAGGGCAGAUGGGACGAUUCUCCUGCAAGAUCACUGGCCGGCCUCCACCACAGGUCACCUGGCUCAAGGGAAAUGUCCCGCUGCAGCCAAGUGGCCGCGUGUCUAUGUCCGAGAAGAACGGCAUGCAGAUCCUGGAAAUCCAUGGGGUCACUCGGGAUGACAUGGGCGUGUACACCUGCACGGCGGCGAAUGGGUCAGGGAAAGCCUCCAUGUCCGCAGAGCUUUCCAUCCCAGGUAUGGACAAUGCCACAAGGUUGUCUGGGAGAGGAACCAAGGCCCCCAUUCCAGACAUCAGGAAGGAGGUGACCAAUGGACUCUCCAAAGACCCAGAGACUGUGGCUGAAAGUAAAAACUGCCCGAGUCCCCAGAGGAGUGGCUCCUCAGCCUGGGCCACCAACAGUCACCUCAAGUCCCCACAGGAGCCCAAGCUGAAGCUGUGUGAGGAUUCUCCCAGAAAGGUCCUGCAGUCCUCCAUCCUGCAGAAGACCACCAGCACCAUCACGCUGCAGGCCUCGAAAGUCCAGCCAGAAGCAAGAGUACCGGGCUCCCCCCUCUCUCCUGGGGAAGAGAGGAAGAAUCUGGCUGCCCCUCAGCAAGCUGUCACACCUCCUACCAGACAGUGUGGCCUGGGAGGCCCAGUUGGGAAUAAGGUUGUCACUGGGAACAUCUCCAUAGAGAGCCAAAGGGAGUCAACAUUCCCCAAAUUUGAGAGCCAGCCCCAAAGCCAAGAAAUCACUGAAGGUCAAACAGUCAAGUUCAUCUGUGAGGUUUCAGGGAUACCAAAGCCUGACGUGGGCUGGUUCCUGGAAGGCAUCCCCGUGAGGAGACGAGAAGGUAUCACUGAGAUGUAUGAAGAUGGUGCAUCCCACCACCUGUGCCUGCUGAAAGCCCGGGCAAGAGACAGUGGGAGAUACAGCUGCACAGCGUCCAACAGCCUUGGCCAGGUGUCCUGCAGCUGGACCCUCCUGGUGGACCGGCCGAACAUGAAGCAGACAGCUCCUUCAUUCUCGAGUGUUCUGAAGGACUGUGUUGUCAUUGAGGGCCAGGAUUUUGUGCUACGGUGCUCUGUACGGGGGACCCCAGCACCCCGUGUCACUUGGCUGCUCAAUGGGCAGCCCAUCCAAUUUGCUCACUCCAUCUGCGAGGCGGGCGUGGCCGAGCUCCACAUCCAGGAUGCCCUGCCAGAGGACCGUGGCACCUACACCUGCCUGGCUGAGAAUGCCUUGGGGCAGGUGUCCUGCAGCGCCACAGUCACCGUCCAAGAAAAGAAAGGUGAAGGAGAAAGGGAACGCCGUCUGUCUCCAGCUCCCAGCAAGCCUGUCGCACCCGUCUUCCUGCAGGGUCUCUCUGACCUCAAAGUCAUGGAUGGAAGCCAGGUCACUAUGACAGUCCAGGUGUCAGGGAACCCACCUCCAGAAGUCAUAUGGCUUCACGACGGGAAUGAGAUCCAGGAGUCAGAGGACUUCCACUUCGAGCAGAAGGGUGGCUGGCACAGCCUGUGUAUCCAGGAGGUGUUCCCGGAGGACACGGGCACAUAUACCUGUGAGGCCUGGAACAGUGCUGGGGAGGUCCGCACCCGGGCCAUGCUCACUGUGCAAGAGCCUCACGAUGGCACCCAGCCCUGGUUCAUCAGCAAGCCUCGUUCGGUGACAGCCACCCUGGGCCAGAGUGUCCUCAUCUCCUGCGCCAUAGCUGGAGACCCCUUUCCCACUGUGCACUGGCUCCGGGAUGGCAGAGCCCUCUCCAAGGACAGUGGCCACUUUGAGUUGCUCCAGAAUGAGGACGUGUUCACCCUGGUCCUAAAGAAUGUGCAGCCCUGGCAUGCUGGCCAGUACGAGAUCCUGCUCAAGAACCGGGUCGGUGAGUGCAGUUGCCAAGUGUCACUGAUGCUGCACGGCAAUCCUUCCAGAGCCCCACCACGGGGGCGGGAGCCAGCCAGCUGUGAGGGCCUCUGUGGUGGAGGAGUUGGUGCUCACAGGGAUGGUGACCGUGAUGGGACCCUGAGGCCCGGCUGGCCAGCAAGAGGGCAGGGUUGGCCUGAGGAGGAAGACGGAGGAGAAGACGUGAGGGGGCUGUUGAAGAGACGGGUGGAGACCAGGCUGCACACAGAAGAGGCUAUCCGCCAGCAGGAGGUGGGGCAGCUGGACUUCCGUGACCUCCUGGGAAAGAAGGUAAGCACCAAGACGGUGUCAGAAGACGACCUGAAGGACAUCCCAGCCGAGCAGAUGGAUUUCCGCGCCAACCUUCAGCGGCAAGUGAAGCCAAAGACCGUAUCUGAGGAAGAGAGGAAGGUGCAUAGCCCUCAGCAGGUUGACUUCCGGUCUGUCCUAGCCAAGAAGGGGACCCCUAAGACCCCCAUCCCUGAGAAGGCACCACCUCCAAAAGCUGCCACUCCAGACUUUCGCUCAGUGCUAGGUGGCAAGAAGAAGUCACCCGCAGAGAAUGGGGGCAACAGUGCUGAGGUCUUGAAUGUCAAGGCUGGGGAAAGCUCUAUACCUGCUGGCAAUGCUCAGGCAGUCGGGGCCCUGAAACCCAUAGGUAAUGCCAAGCCUGCCGAGACCCUGAAGCCCGCGGGCAACGCCAAGCCUGCCGAGACCCUGAAGCCCAUGGGCAACACCAAGCCUGCCGAGACCCUGAAACCUAUAGGUAAUGCCAAGCCUGCCGAGACCCUGAAGCCCAUGGGCAACACCAAGCCUGCCGAGACCCUGAAACCUAUAGGUAAUGCCAAGCCUGCCGAGACCCUGAAACCCAUAGCCAAUGCACAACCUGCUGAGACCCAGAAGCCCGUGGCCAAUGCCAAGUCUGCUGAGACCCCGAAACCAGUUGGAAAAGAUGAACCCAAGGAGGUUAAGAAUGAUGUGAACUGUAAGAAAGGGCAUGUCGGAGCCACGGGCAAUGAAAAAAGACCCGAGAGCCAAGGCUCCGUCCCAGUUUUCAAGGAAAAGCUACAAGAUGUCCAUGUGGCAGAGGGCGAGAAGCUACUGCUCCAGUGCCAGGUGACCUCUGAUCCCCCCGCCACUGUCACCUGGACACUGAAUGGAAAGACACUCAAGACCACAAAAUUCAUCAUCCUCACCCAAGAAGGCUCACUCUUCUCUGUCUCCAUCGAGAAGGCACUGCCUGAGGACAGGGGCUUGUACAAGUGUGUAGCCAAGAACAGUGCGGGCCAGGCGGAGUGUUCCUGCCAAGUCACUGUGGACGAUGCUCAGACCAGUGAGAACACCAAGGCCCCGGAGAUGAAAUCCCGGAGACCCAAGAGCUCUCUUCCCCCUGUGCUAGGAACAGAGAGUGAUGCAACUGUGAAAAAGAAACCUGCCCCCAAGACACCUACAAAAGCAGCCAUGCCCCCUCAAAUCAUCCAGUUCCCUGAGGACCAGAAGGUACGCGCAGGAGAGCCUGUGGAGCUGUUUGGGAAAGUGGCUGGGACCCAGCCUAUCACCUGCACGUGGAUGAAGUUCCGAAAGCAGAUCCAGGAGAGUGAGCAUAUCAAGGUGGAGAACGGCGAGAGCGGCAGCAAGCUCACCAUUCUGGCCGCGCGGCAGGAGCACUGUGGCUGCUACACGCUGGUGGUGGAGAACAAACUGGGCAGCAGGCAGGCUCAAGUCAACCUCACAGUCGUGGAUAAGCCAGACCCUCCGGCUGGCACACCUUGUGCUUCUGACAUUCGGAGUUCCUCGCUGACCCUGUCCUGGUAUGGCUCCUCGUACGACGGAGGCAGUGCCGUACAGUCCUACAAUGUUGAGAUCUGGGACACGGAGGACAAGGUGUGGAAAGAGCUGGCCACGUGCCGCAGCACCUCUUUUAAUGUCCAAGACCUGCUGCCUGACCGCGAGUAUAAAUUCCGAGUACGUGCAGUCAACAUCUAUGGAACCAGCGAGCCGAGCCAGGAGUCUGAGCUCACAGCUGUGGGAGAGAAACCCGAAGAGCCCAAGGAUGAAGUGGAAGUGUCCGACGACGACGAAAAGGAACCUGAGGUUGACUACCGGACGGUGACGGUUAACACUGAACAGAAAGUGUCUGAUGUGUAUGACAUUGAAGAGCGACUGGGAUCUGGGAAGUUUGGACAAGUCUUCCGGCUUGUGGAAAAGAAAACUGGAAAAAUCUGGGCAGGGAAAUUUUUCAAGGCCUAUUCUGCCAAGGAGAAAGAAAACAUCCGUCAGGAGAUCAGCAUCAUGAACUGCCUCCACCACCCCAAGCUGGUCCAGUGUGUGGAUGCCUUCGAAGAAAAGGCCAACAUUGUCAUGGUUCUGGAGAUCGUGUCAGGGGGCGAGCUGUUCGAGCGCAUCAUUGACGAGGACUUCGAGCUGACGGAGCGGGAGUGCAUCAAGUACAUGAGGCAGAUUUCGGAAGGGGUGGAGUAUAUCCACAAGCAGGGCAUUGUGCAUCUGGACCUCAAACCUGAGAACAUCAUGUGCGUCAACAAGACGGGCACCAGGAUCAAGCUCAUUGACUUCGGCCUGGCCCGAAGACUCGAGAAUGCUGGGUCUCUGAAGGUCCUCUUUGGGACCCCAGAGUUUGUGGCUCCUGAAGUGAUCAACUAUGAGCCCAUCGGCUACGCCACAGACAUGUGGAGCAUCGGGGUCAUCUGCUAUAUUUUGGUCAGCGGACUUUCCCCUUUCAUGGGUGACAAUGAUAACGAGACCUUAGCCAACGUCACUUCAGCCACCUGGGACUUCGAUGAUGAAGCGUUCGAUGAGAUCUCUGAUGACGCCAAGGAUUUCAUCAGUAACUUGCUGAAGAAAGAUAUGAAAAACCGUCUGGACUGUACCCAGUGCCUUCAGCACCCAUGGCUGAUGAAAGACACGAAGAACAUGGAGGCCAAGAAGCUGUCCAAGGACCGGAUGAAGAAAUACAUGGCAAGAAGAAAGUGGCAGAAAACGGGCAAUGCUGUGAGAGCCAUCGGGAGACUGUCCUCUAUGGCUAUGAUCUCGGGGCUCAGUGGCAGGAAAUCUUCAACAGGGUCACCGACCAGCCCCAUCAAUGCAGAGAAACUAGAGUCUGAAGAAGAUGUCUCCCAGGCCUUCCUGGAGGCUGUUGCUGAGGAAAAGCCCCAUGCCAAGCCCUAUUUCUCUAAGACCAUUCGUGAUCUGGAAGUCGUGGAGGGAAGUGCUGCUAGGUUUGACUGCAAGAUUGAAGGAUACCCAGACCCUGAGGUUGUCUGGUUCAAAGAUGACCAGUCAAUCAGAGAGUCCCGCCACUUCCAGAUAGACUACGAUGAAGACGGGAACUGCUCGCUCAUUAUCAGUGAUGUCUGUGGGGAUGAUGACGCCAAGUACACCUGCAAAGCUGUCAACAGCCUCGGAGAAGCCACCUGCACCGCAGAGCUCAUUGUGGAGACCAUGGAGGAAGGGGAAGGGGAGGAGGGGGGAGAGGAGGAGGAGGAGGAGUGAAGCCAAGCCAAACAGAAGCAGUUCCAAAGUCAUUUUAAAGGACUAAUUCCUUAAAGCUCAAAAAACUCAAGCUAGAAAAAGGCACCUGGUGUGGUAGAUUCUCUAGUUGGUCUAUUUGGAGGCUGAGUCAUCAGCAACAGCGCUGAUACCUAGGAGCGUUAUUGAUGGGCAUUACUUUGAAUUAAAUAGCACCUUAAAACACUAGUGCAGCUAGAUUCCAUUUGGGGAAGAUCACCAGCAACUUGUCUAACCGAUUUGAUUUUUAGAGAGAAAAAUAGAAAAUACUUACCUGGAAAAGGUCAGACGCAUCCCAAUUUAAUGCACCCUGAAAAAUAAAGUUGUCAUCGGCCCCCCGAGCCUCCUGCUGCAGCUCAACCCAGGUCCCCAGGAAAUAGAAUGCCCAGCCCCCUCCUACCCAAUACAGAGAACCAGCCUUGUCCCAUCUUGCAGUGUCUUCUUCUGAAUGCAGUUGAGCCAUUCUGACUCAGGAGGCGCAUUGCCUUCCAACUCUACACUUUCAAGCUCUCUGUUUCUCUCCCCAUUCUUCCUGCUGGGUUUCCUGGCUCUCAUCCUGGCCCGAGUUACAGCAAUGAGAGCAUGUAUUUUGUUUCUGCUAUCCUGAAACCAGGUUCCCCUGCUCAUGGCCGACUCUGGCUGCCUUGGGGGUGGGGGUGGGGUGGGGGGAUCUCCUCUCCUCUAAAAUCCUUAGAAAACUAAACUUACUCCUCUUUGCAGACUUCUGGCAGCUUCAGACAUUUGCGUGAGAAAUCAUGAAGGAAAAAAAAAAUCCAUGCUAAUGUGCUUUCCCCUCUUAAGCCAAGAUUCCUAUUUGUGCUGUUAACAAACUGUCAGCCUGCGUGUGCCGUGAAGUCUUGCACCCGGAUGUUGAAAGCCCAGUUUGCUGAGGUGCUGGCUUUAAUUAUUUCCUGGGCACUAUGAAACUGAUGCCAACUAGUGAGCAACUGUAGGACUACUCAGUGUGCUUUGGGAUCACCUUCUAGACAGUCUGAGUUUAACCCAUCUUCAUUGUUAACACUCUUCAAAGAGCUUUGGCCUGCCUUCUGGGGCACACCUUGAGUUUUCUUCCUGAAUGUGCGUCACGCUUUGCCCCCCCAACCUUGAGCUAUACUCUUAGACCUGCUCAGUGCACUCAGACUUGCAUCUCUAGCAAUUUUUUUAAAAACUUUCUUUCACUUCAUUGGCACUUAAUUGUUUUUCCUUAUAAAACAUUUUGGAGGUUAUCAAGAAAGACCAUAAAGUGAUAUCCUAGUAUGUUAACUCUGUGUGUGGGUUUGAGAGUGUGUGUCUAACAUUCCAAAUGCUUUAUUUUCUUUUCCACUGUUUGUAAAGGGCAGCAAAUUAAUAUUACAAAGGAUGUUUUAAUAGUUCCUUAAAAACCAACUUUAAAGUACAUCUGUGCAGUCCUACACAGUACCAGCAUUAGAGAUUUGAUACUCUUCUUGGCCUCCUUCUUCCUUAGCUGUUUGCUGCUGCAUUGCCAGUACUUUCCGUGUUUUGCUUCUUAAGCAGUUUCAAUAUCUUUCAUUAUAGUCACAAUAUUGCCACAGUUUAUUAUAAUAAAGGGGUUUUAAUUUGGUUUAGAGCAUUCAAAGUGUUUUUCAUCACUUCAUGUUUAUUAUUAUAAUCUUCGUAUGUAUGUUGUGUGUAUGUGUGCAUGGGUGGUUAUACGUGUGUUUAUAGGGUAAUGCCUUCUUGGGAUUGUGUUACUGUUCUCUCAGUUUAUUAUGCCAUCCAAACGGUGAACGAGAACGCUACGACUGUAGUUAGCUCACAAUUUUUAAAUAAAGGAUACCACAGUGCAUGGUGUUUGUUCAA